CGCGAGAGUUUAAGAGAGUGCGCCCCCGAGACAUCCGGGUCCCUCUCCGCCGCCCCGCGCUGCUUGGCCCGGCCGGAGCCCGGAGGCAAGAUGGCGGUGGAGUCGCGGGUCACGCAGGAGGAGAUUAAGAAGGAGCCCGAGAAGCCCAUCGACAGGGAGAAGACGUGCCCGCUGCUGCUGCGGGUCUUCACCACCAACAACGGGCGGCACCACCGCAUGGACGAGUUCUCCCGCGGCAACGUGCCCUCCAGCGAGCUGCAGAUCUACACCUGGAUGGAUGCAACUUUAAAAGAGCUGACCAGUUUAGUGAAAGAGGUCUACCCAGAAGCACGGAAGAAGGGCACACACUUCAAUUUUGCAAUAGUUUUUACAGAACUCAAGAGACCCGGUUAUAGGGUGAAGGAGAUUGGCAGCACAAUGUCAGGCAGAAAGGGCACAGAUGAUUCCAUGACUCUGCAGUCUCAGAAGUUCCAGAUUGGAGACUACUUGGAUAUAGCAAUUACUCCUCCAAAUCGUGCACCGCCCCCAUCAGGACGCAUGAGACCAUACUAAGUGACAAAGUGUCACUUUGUUUAAAACUGAUCAUGUAUAUUUCCCUUUGAUAGUACUUGCUGCUUGAAACAGGCUCUUUUUUGUUUUUAUUGCUAAGCAAGAACCUCUGAGAACACACUUAAGCCUUGGAAACAUGAGUUACUUUUAAAUCUUUAUUUUACUCUGUUUAAAAGGAAAAUAUCUUUUAGCAGCUUCAUAAUCCUUUUCAUAGUAGUUAUGGUUUGAAAAGUAGGAAUGUUCAGUGUUUCACAGUCUCUAAAAUAUGAGCAGCAUAACAUAGAAGUGUUCUUUUCUGUUAGAAACUGUCAUGUUUGAAACAAAUAUAUUGCUAUGUCAUCCAAAAUUUAGUGUCUGUUUUUAAAGAUUAAAUCAGGUCUGCGUAAUAAGUGUUUAAUUAAACUGUUAAUGUCAGGAGUUGUUUCAACAAAUUGUGGCCUCUAAAAUGGGGAGUGAAGCUUUCCCUGAAUGACCCUGUAACUGACUCCUUUGUGGGAUGAAUGGAGUUAAUGUGGUGUUUAACUCUGCAAAGUCGUAAGAAAAUUGGGCUUUGUCUUUUUAAGAUAAUUUCAUCUUUAGUGGUAAGUCUUUCUCAGCUGAGUGAGAUUCAGGGAAAGACAGGGUAUCUUCUAAAUUGAUGUAGCUGUUUCAGAUUGUAGAGAAACUGGCAAAACUGGUUAGCUAAUUGAUCUAAGGCAUAAAUACACCACAUUGUAAAAUGUCAGUUGGCGAGAGAUCUAAAAAUCUUAAAUUCCAAAUGCUACGUUUACGCUGAAUAUUUCUUAGGGAUGUUACUAUACUACGAAACUUCACUGUUCAAAGUAUAUGUCAUGCUCCUUGGUUAAUCUUUUGAAGAAGUAAACAAUCCCUUUCUUGCUCAUUUCACUUUGAAUUCCUGUAAACUGCUGCUUUUGACUUUUGAAUAACAAAAUUUCAGUUGGAAAGAACUUCAGUGUCAAACACUAAAUAGUCCUCUUUAAAACUCAGCCAUACAGCUGUAAUCUCUGCAAAGGCAGCUCCAAAACACUUCCUGUAUGAAAAAAUGAGAUUCCCCCUUUCCCUGUUAUUUCUUCCUUUGUCUACAGUUUACAGCAAAAGCAGUUAGUGGCGAGGGUUCCUGGGCUUGAGUCUGCUUUUCUUUACUCUUCAAAUAUAUCCACUUUACUCAGAAUGGUAUGUUAACAACUUGCCUUUUCAGUGUCUGAAGGCUAAAUUACUUAGUAAAAUUUAAAACAAGCAUUUCUAAGGUCACAGGUGUGACUUCACUGGAAAGUGAUAAUGUAAAUACUGAAUCAGGGGCAGGGUCUAAAUUAACUUAAUUCUUACCCAUAUAUGUAAAGUAGCAGAAGUCUUUUUGAAAAUCCUGAUGGUGGCUUAUACUGAACUGAAUGUGUAACAAGUUUUUCUUUUCAACAAGACAGGUGCCUGGAAACAUCAUAGUUCCUUAGCCACUGCCCCCCUUUCCUGUUGUUCCUUGAUUCUUAGAACGGUAUGGGUGUUAAAAGGGAGUCCCGAAAGCAAAGACUGACUUUAAGGGUCUGAUCAUAUUAAUGGAGGGGGGCUUAAUGAGCACAACAGUGAUUGCCAAGCUCAGAAAAAGCUACACCUGACAUGGCUUGCAAGAUUCUGCUUUAUUUGUAUUAGUAAUUAUCUUUGAUAACACUUUAGCCAUACCUACCACACCAGUGCUCCCAUGACUGUCUCCCUCUGAAAGGUGCCUAGCCCAUAUCCAGCCAGAGUGCUAUCCUGCCUUACUGGUUUCUGAUUCUUCUAUGGAAGGAAUGGACGUAAGUUUUAUGAGUAUGUAUUUUACUUUUAGGGCCCUACCAAAUUUAUGGCCAAGAACAAUGCAUCACGGCCUGGGAAAUCUGGCUACGUAGGGCUCCCCAUCCCAGAGUCCCUGCUCCCAGAUCCUCAUCUGCUCUGCCUUUCCCCCACCCCAUUUCCUCCUGUCUCUACUUGCUCCUAGUUCUUCUCCUCCUUGCCCAAUCUUAGUGUGUCCCCCCCCAACCUCCUUUGGCUCCUUGUCCUAGUCUUUUGCCAGGAGGUCCCAUAGCUCCUUGUCAGAUGUCUCCAUCCUUCACCAGUGGUUGCCAGUUUGCCUCCCUGACCUUGUGCAAGCCUGGUCCCCUUACUUACCAUUCCAAAUAGCUUUUGUCAUGCACUCCUAUGGGUCCAAGCCCCUAUAUUUGAUUCAGGCAAUUUACUCCUUCAUGCUGCCUGGGAAUUAGGGCUGGGGUGAGUGGUCAUUGACAGCACAGGAGAGAAUCUCCCUGCUUUCAGUUCUGGUGCUCAGACCUGGCAUGGCCCACAGCAGCUCAGAGCUGCACUUGCAAGGAAAAUUCUUUUCAGCUCCCUGCAGCAUGGCUAAUGCCGAUGGAAUCUUUGGGGAAAUUAAGCUCUACCCAGUGAGAGCAUGCACACUGCAGUUUUUCAGAUACUUAUAACUUGGCCAAAUUUGAAGGGGAACAGCAAAAAGCACAUUGCUGAUAAAGGCUACCUCCCCCAGGCUACAUUUUAAGUCCCUGGUUCAAGGCAUUGGUCCUGCCUCAGCACGGUCCUGGAAUUGAUGACUUCUCAAGGUCCCUUUGAGCCCUAUAUUUGUGAGGGUACUAGAGCUUUUCAAAGAGAAGGUCACCAGAAGGGCCAAAUCAAUGAAUGUUUCCACAACUUUGUUCUUGGAAACAGCUGACCCACUUUGGCCUGAAGUUUUCCAAAAAAAAAAUUCAGCCUGAGGUUGACAGCUGCUCUAGAAAAUGUCACUUCAAAGGGUUAGUUUGGCAAAGUUCUAAGCAACUGAAAACAGGGUCUUAUAAUAACAAACGUCAGGCACCUUUAAUGGUGGGUGGUGCCACUGCCCUCACCUAUAGCAUUUACUUCCAUAUUGUGUAUUUUUUGCUUGUUUAAUUCAAAAUAAAUAGGACCCUAUCAAA